AUGUUGUGCAAGUGCGGGAAAAACGCGAGCCACUUUGAAACCAAAAAGCCCGGUCCCAAUAAAGGUCGUUGGUUUUACUCGUGUCCUUUACGGAAAUGUGGUUUCUUUCAAUGGGAUAGUAGUAAUUGUGCAUCUUCAGCUCAAAGUUCGGGGUCCUCACAAGCUAUACCAGCUACUCAGGUAUCGAGUGCCCCGUCGAUAAAUAUAACCAAAGUUGAUCCACAAAAACGAAGAAUGGAUAGUAUCAACCCAAUCAUGCAACUGCGAAGUCAGCCAACUGUCGUUGAAUUGAACUUCGAUAUAGUUGGGAAGGAUGAUUUUGUGGUUCGCGGUUUUCACCCUAAAGUACGCGAUGUAUUAAAACAACACCCUUUUUCGAAGUACAAUUCGAGUGAAAGAGGAUGGAUUCUACCUCUGACACAAUAUGAGGAUUGUAUAAAGCGACUAAGAGAAAUUUCGGAGGUCCGGCUAAACAUAAAUGGCUUCCCAGCAUACAUCGUGAAGCUAUUCAACAUUUCCAGGGAUUCACAAGAUAGGCAUACUCAAAUAGAAAGUGAAAUCAGACAACGAAUUCCAGCUGAUUUGUGGUCAAAAUUAAUGCCCUUUCAAAAAGAGGGCGUUAUUCAAGCUAUCAUGAGAGAUGGUCGUAUUCUACUUGGUGAUGAGAUGGGCCUUGGAAAGACCAUUCAGGCUCUUGCUAUCUGCAGUUUUUAUGAAUCUGAUUGGCCGGUGCUUAUAAUAUGUCCUUCAAGUCUGAGAUUGACCUGGUCUGUUGAAAUCCAAAAAUGGCUCCGAGUGUCUGAAAAAUCUAUUGAUGUAAUAUUUAAUACAAAAAGUGGAAUUUCCUUUCCUACACGCCGAUUUGUGAUCACGAGCUAUGAGAUUGCCGCGAAAAUGGGCGAAGCUUGUGCGAACGAAUUUAAAAUUGUCAUCUGUGAUGAAGCACAUUACUUGAAGAAUAAAGAGACGAAAAGAGCUAGAGGGAUCUGCCCUUUGGUCCAAAAAGCAGUGAGAGCGCUUUUGCUUACAGGAACACCAGCGCUUUCAAAACCUGCCGAGCUUUUCUCUUUGGCCAAUGCACUGGAUAAGUCAACAUUUGCAUCAUUCCCCCAAUUUGGAGCAAGAUACUGUGAUGCGACUAAGGGCCCAUUCGGGUGGAAUUAUUCCGGUGCUUCGCAUUUGGAUGAACUAUACUGGUUACUAGAUCGAACGAUUCUGAUUCGUCGACUGAAAAAAGAUGUUGAGCUCGAGUUGCCCCCCAAAACUCGUCAAAUUAUUUAUGUCGAUAUUUCUGCAUCAUCACUAAGAGAAAUUCAAAAGUUGCAGAAGGAAUCUAAGGAGCUUCGCAUUAUCUCCCAAACAGCUACCGGAAGUAAACAACGUGAUGCAGAAUUGCGAGGCAAAGCUUUACUUGUGCAAAUGUGGCUUGAAACAGGUCGUUCAAAAGUUCCUGCUGUCCAGGAAUAUCUGUCCGAAAUAUAUGAAAACUCGGAUAAAAAGUUCAUUGUAUUCGCCCACCACCUGGAAGUUUUAGAUUCAAUCACAGAUCAUCUUAGAAACAAAUACGGGGAAAACUAUAUUCGCAUUGAUGGAAAUACUAGCCAAAUCCGUCGUCAGGCUUUAGUCGAUCAAUUCCAAGAUGACAAAAAAACGAGAGUAGCCAUUUUGUCUCUUACAGCGGCAUGCACGGGUUUAACCCUUCAUGCCGCCGACCUGGUAAUCUUCGCGGAGUUGUUUUGGAAUCCAUCCACUCUACUGCAGGCCGAGGAUAGGGCACAUAGGAUUGGUCGACAAGGCAGCGUUGAUAUCAAAUAUAUGCUGGUUAAAGAUACUUCAGAUUCCAUUCAAUGGCAAAUGGUACGACAAAAAUUGCGAGUUGUUGGAAAAAUGCUAGAUAAUGAUAUUGACAAGGUUACUAUAGAAGAAGGAACAUCCUUUGGUGCCGUUGACCCAGACCUUCUUUCGUGGUGCGAGCGUGUUAACAGAGAAAUUUCUCAGCCUAAUGAUAGUGACAAUUCAACAUUAAAUGAGGCUUCAUCACCUCUUCCAUCCUCGGACCUUGAGCUUGAGGUGAACUCUGACGACAUUUCCGUUAUUAACCUAACGGUUGACAAUCCUCGUGAAGAUUCAUUGAUCGAAAUUAAAUCAACACAGUCAGUACGCGAAUUCGACAUGGAAAGUUUUAACAGCGGGACAACUAUAUUUAGCAACACUCAGGAUACUUCAGAAAUUUCUGAUUUUUGGACUCUUGAAGAUCAUCCCGAGAUUAUUCCCGCACAAAGUAAUGACUUGACCCGUCAAGAAGAACCCAAUGGUUCACAGAUGCCAUCAAUUUUAGAUAUUCCACGCGAUUUUGAGAAAAAUAAUUUAAAGACGCUUGCAUCAACUGACGAGGAGCUUUCUCAAUCCACCAUUUCAAGCAGUGCUGCCGACGAAAAAUCUGGAAUUUCGCAAGUAAAUAAUUUGUCGUGUAAUAAUGAUAAUGACAUUCUUAAAUUAGAUCUCUGUGAAUCACUUCUGGAUUCACUUGUUGACUUUGAUGAUUCUUUGAUUCCGGACAGUCUACUCAAUCCUAUACCAGACUCUGAUGUUAUCCUCGUGCAAACCAAUGAUUCGACUCAUCGAGAUACACUGAGUCAAUCAACUCCAAAUAACGUGCAAGAACCAGCACCAAACAAUCAAGAAAGAACUGAAAACACUAGUGUUGAGCAGAAGUCCGAAAACGUAGAAAAUGCAGUUGUCCACAGAAUUAGCACCGAGAAAUCUACCCGAGAUAUUGACUUGGAAGCAGAAUUGAAGGAACCAACUAUUUGUAAUGCAGACGGCGAGAACGAAAAAAGCUAUCAAUGGGAUGAGGAUUACAAUUAUUAUUAUCUGAAGUUUGUGCAAUACGGCAUUGAGCCACCACCAGAAAUAAAAAAAUCUCUAAAAUGUAAAUUUCCAAAUCUCGAUUAUGACUCAUCAUCACCUUUGCCAAAGGAUAAAAGAAAGUUUGAGGAAGAUAUUCCGGAGGAACCGAUGAAAAAAAUCAAAUUUCACAGAGAUGACGCAUCAAAAUGGGACUUUGGAUGA